AUGCUUGGAGCGAACCUUGGGAUUAACUUUCACACUGAUGACGAUCAUGGUGAUCAUGGUGAUCACGAGGGCCAUGAGGGGCACGACAUGGGGGGUUGCGCUCCAGCCGCAGGGUCGUACUCGAUGGGGCUUCACAUUGCAGCCAUUUUUAUUCUCCUGAUCGCGUCAUUCCUUGGGACAGUUCUUCCCAUUGCCGGGAACUAUGUGCCACGAUUCAAGCUGCCGCCGUUUCUUAUUGUUGUUUCGAAGUGUAUUUCCACAGGUGUUGUUAUGUCAGUUGCCGUGUUAACACUGCUCAAUCACAGCUUACACAGCUUCAUGGAGAAGUGUAUCCCACACGGGCUGAGUAUGGAAGUGUACAGCGCUUUCGGCUUGCUGUUUAUGCUGAUCUCGGCUUUACUGAUGCAUUCAUUCGACUCUGCCAUGGACCUCCUUCUUGAGGGUUGGGCGGUUCGUAAGGAAGAGGAGAAAUUAGCCGACGGCGCACCGCAAGUGGCUGAUAGUGUGCCGACGGCGGCGGCUCUUCCACCAACUCAAUGCGGAAUGAAGCGUUGCACGGCUCAACCAGGAGUAUCAUGUGAAACUAACGGCUGCUGCCAAUCAUCUCCGGGACCUGCGUACGGUGCUACCGGGUGCUGUGGAAGCCGUGGUGAAGCCGCUGCGCUGCUUACCGGUGCGCGGCGUGUUAUGGCCCUAGCCUUAAUGGAAUUCGGUUUGGUGGUGCACAGUAUUUUUCUCGGUCUUUCCGUAGGUAUUGCAUCCGACUCGCGCACCAAAGUGCUGCUUGUGGCUCUUUCCUUCCAUCAAUUUUUUGAAGGCCUGGCUUUAGGGGCGCGGUUGGCGGAGGCGUCGCUGAAAGCCAAGUUGGAGUUAUUUUUGGCCAUCCUCUUUUCCAUUUCUGUUCCUGUUGGUACGGCUAUCGGUGCCGUUACCAUGAGGGAUGGCGGCAAAAGCAUUACCGGCUCCAGUUACGUCACUAUGAGCGCCAUUGUCAAUGCCAUUGGUGCUGGUAUUCUGCUUUACAUCGGUUUUGUCCUGCUUCUCGUUGAUUUCCCAACGGAUCUGCGCAUAUACGCGGGUGUCGGGACGCCGAAUCGCUUUGUGAGACGCAUUGCAAUGUUUGUGGCCCUUUGGGUUGGCUUCGGUGUGAUGGCGCUGCUGUCCAAGUGGCACUAG